AUGUGGUAUAAAAAUGUUAUUAGAAGUUUUUAUUUUUUAUUCAUAUUUUUUGAGUUUACUUUAUAUCAAUACUUUUUUAAUAUUUUUAGCAAAUACUUGGAUGAGAACUACAAACUAGACAGUAAAUUAAAUGGAACUUUUCGAUUGCUGGCAAAAUGUAAACGCGAUAAGAAUUUAUGCAUUGUAGAGUUAAAAAAUGAGAUACCAAAUAAUGAAUUAAACGAAAAAAUAUAUAUAUCUAAUAAUAAAAAAGGGGCCACAAGAACAUCGAUGCAACCAAAUGGAAGUUCACUGAAUAAUGUUGGAAGGAAUAAACAUGCUAAUAAAAAUAAAUGUUAUAUAUUUGAAACAAAAAAAUAUUCUCGUUUAGAAAAAAAAAUAUUCAAAGAACUUGAUUAUGAAGAUUUUCUUAAAAAUAACAGAACAAUUAGUAAUAAGAUUUAUAAAAAAAUUAUACGUAAAAAACUGGCAUCGGAACUUGCUCCAACUUUAAUAUUUUUCAUAUUUUUAUCGUUGUCAUUUGUAUUAGAUUACUGUGGUAGUUAUGGCCUUGUAUGGGGGUUAGUUGAUAUAUUGAAGAGCUUUUCAAGUGGUUGGUCCAAAAAUAUAGGUAGUUAUUUGGAGGGAUCAUUCUUAAAAUCGUUAUUAGGUUAUAAGCAUCCAUCAGAGUGGUAG